AUGGCUUGCUAUAAUAAGUAUACUAACGAGAAGUACGCUCUGAAAGUAUUACGUGACGGACCGAAAGCUCGUCGUGAAGUUAGCCUUCACUACCUUACUAACGCUCAUGAAAAUGUCGUGACAAUUAUCGACAUCUAUGAGAACACUUUUGACGGAGUGAAAUGUCUUCUAAUGGUCGUCGAAUUUCUUGAAGGCGGUGAUCUAUUAAGUCAAUUUGAGAGCCAGGGCAGCAAACCAUAUCCCGAGAAAAAAGUCGGGGAAAUUAUACGCCAGAUCGGGUCGGCAGUACAAUACCUCCACGACAUGAACAUAGCACAUCGGGAUAUCAAGCUGGAAAAUAUUCUGUGCAGCUCUACGGGUGACGAUUGUAUAUACAAACUUGGAGAUUACGGGUUUGCCAAGCGUCCUGAACGGAAUGUUCUGAUGGAAUCGCCUUGCUGUACUCCAUUUUACGCACCUCCUGAGGUGCUCAGUCGUGAACGAUAUGACAAAUCCUGCGACAUGUGGUCCCUUGGUGUCGCCAUGUACAUAUUACUAUGCGGUUAUCCGCCGUUCUACAGCAUGAAGGGUCUAGCCUUAUCGCCGGGCAUGCGAAAUCGAAUCUCGAAGGGAUACUACGCAUUUCCGCCGGAGGAAUGGGACCACGUGUCUCAAUCCACGAAGGAUGAGAUCCGUUUACUACUUCGAACUGAUCCCACAGAACGGAUGACUAUUCAUACAUUGAUGCACACACCACUUGUAACCGGUGAACAAGCUCCGGAGGGGGUACCAAUUCCUGGAGCUGUUGAAGAAGAAGAAGACCAGGUGCCCGAAGAACCGGUUGUCGUGCCACGCAGUGUACGAUUUUUGCGUGAUGGUGUGAAAGCGCCACGUCUACACAGCAUCCAGGAAGAAGUCGGUCGUGCACUGGAUAUGAUGCGUCUUGGAGGGGAUCUAACCUUCUUGAAAAGUCCUCAAAUCUCAUGCAAUAGUCUCUACGCACGACGCACCACCGCUCAUCUCAGUAUUCCACGGGUUCAAUGUUAA